AAUGAAGGCUGCCUACACCGCCUAUCGAUGCCUCACCAAAGACCUAGAAGGCUGCGCCAUGAACCCGGAGCUGACAAUGGAAAGUCUGGGCACUUUGCACGGGCCGGCCGGCGGCGGCAGCGGUGGGGGCGGCGGCGGGGGCGGCGGGGGCGGCGGCGGGGGCCCGGGCCAUGAGCAGGAGCUGCUGGCCAGCACCAGCCCUCACCACGCGGGCCGCGGCGCCGCUGGCUCGCUGCGGGGCCCGCCGCCGCCGCCGCCGCCGCCAACGGCGCACCAGGAGCUGGGCACGGCGGCAGCGGCGGCAGCAGCGGCGUCGCGCUCGGCCAUGGUCACUAGCAUGGCCUCGAUCCUGGACGGCGGCGACUACCGGCCCGAGCUCUCCAUCCCGCUCCAUCAUGCCAUGAGCAUGUCCUGCGACUCGUCCCCGCCCGGCAUGGGCAUGAGCAACACCUACACCACGCUGACGCCUCUCCAGCCGCUGCCGCCCAUCUCCACCGUGUCGGACAAGUUCCACCACCCGCACCCGCACCCUCACCACCACCACCACCACCACCACCACCACCAGCGCCUGUCGGGCAACGUCAGCGGCAGCUUCACCCUCAUGCGCGACGAGCGAGGGCUCCCGACCAUGAACAACCUCUACAGCCCCUACAAGGAGAUGCCCGGCAUGAGCCAGAGCCUGUCCCCGCUGGCCGCCACGCCGCUGGGCAACGGGCUGGGCGGCCUCCACAACGCGCAGCAGAGCCUGCCCAGCUACGGGCCCCCGGGCCACGACAAAAUGCUCAGCCCCAACUUCGACGCGCACCACACUGCCAUGCUGACCCGCGGUGAGCAACACCUGUCCCGCGGUCUGGGCACCCCGCCCGCGGCCAUGAUGUCUCACCUCAACGGCCUACACCACCCGGGCCACGCUCAGUCCCAUGGGCCGGUGCUGGCGCCUAGCCGUGAGAGGCCACCCUCGUCCUCUUCGGGAUCGCAGGUGGCCACAUCAGGCCAGCUGGAGGAGAUCAACACCAAAGAGGUGGCCCAGCGCAUCACCGCCGAGCUGAAGCGCUACAGCAUCCCACAGGCGAUCUUCGCGCAGAGGGUGUUGUGCCGGUCUCAGGGGACUCUCUCCGACCUGCUCCGGAACCCCAAACCGUGGAGUAAACUCAAAUCUGGCAGGGAGACCUUCCGCAGGAUGUGGAAGUGGCUGCAGGAGCCCGAGUUCCAGCGCAUGUCUGCCUUACGCCUGGCAGCGUGCAAACGCAAAGAGCAAGAACCAAACAAAGACAGGAACAAUUCCCAGAAGAAAUCCCGCCUGGUGUUCACCGACCUCCAACGCCGAACGCUCUUCGCCAUCUUCAAGGAGAACAAACGCCCAUCCAAGGAGAUGCAGAUCACCAUUUCCCAGCAGCUGGGCCUGGAGCUUACGACCGUCAGCAACUUCUUCAUGAAUGCCCGGCGCCGCAGCCUGGAGAAGUGGCAGGACGAUCUGAGCACAGGGGGCCCCUCGUCCGCCUCCGGCACCUGUACCAAAGCGUGAUGGAAGGACUCUCAGUUGGGCACAAGUCACCUCCAAAUGAGGACAAAAGAUACCAGAAGAAAAUGCAAAGGAAAAAGACGCUGGAUUCUUAGCUGGGGCCCUUCACUGGUGAUUUGAAAGCACAAUUCUCUUGAAAAGAAAAUUCUAUUCUAGCUGUAAUCAUAGGCCAGGUGUUCUUUUUGUUCGUUGGUUUUUAGUGGCUAUGGAGUCCAAGUGCAAGCUGAAAACUAAUCUCUUUGAACCGGACAUUGUCCUCUGAGCGAGUGUGCUGAGCACCUCAGAAACCCAAAUGGGGCCUUUCUGCAGCAAGUCAGUUUCAGUGUGGUGUCAGUCAAGCUCAGGAUUGCUUAGAAUGUCAACGGUCCCACUCUGAGUCCUGUCAACCUCUUGCAGUCGAAGUUCCCAUGAGUAAUAGUGGGACUUUGGCCUGUGUAAGGACUCUGAGUUUGGGUUCCCAAGAUGCUACAAUAAGAGAAGAAUCUAGCAACAAGAAUGACCUCAUUUGCUUUCCAAGUGCUUAGCCUCAUCAUACCAUAGUUCACCAACGUUCACAGCCAUAACAUAAAAAAAAACAUCAGAAUGACAAUUACUGAGCACAAGUUUUAAAUAUGGAAGUUAAAAAAAAGAAUCCGAGGACCUGUUUUUCCAACUCAGGCAUCUUUUUCAUUGAAUGGUUUAGAAAGCUUUAAGUUGAUCCAGUUUACAAUUUUCUUUUCCUUACCUCCUGGAAAUCUCACGUGGUCUUGGAUCCAUCAAA